GCAAAGCUUUAAGCUGCUGCACGGGCUGCAAACCGUCAGUACACCUCACUUCAGUGAAGAUUUUUACCCUACAGCGCUCUGGUUUUGGAUCCGAAGAGGUGCGACGCCCCUGCUCCCUAGUUACGUAUGUUGUAUACAGCUCCUUUCACUUCAUUUUCAGUAUGCUAAGAACGCCUGAGAAUUUUUUUUUCCAGGAAUAGCCAUACUAGAAAGUGCCUUCUAUGCAACACUUACUUAUUUGUUUCCUGGUAGGGCGUGUAACAUUAAAUGCAGAGUAUACUAUAAGUAGAAAGUUCACGUACAUUUUCGACAAUGUAGCUCGAUACCCUUUUUACUCUUGGAGCAAAAUAAAUAGCGUCAGUGGUACUGAAAAUGAAACGCGCCCAAGCACCAGGCGGUCGCAAGCGCGCGAAGGCGGGUUCCUCUGAUGAGGAUCCUUCUUGGGAGCCACCCGCGGCAAAGGCUAAGACGAGGGUCGUGACAAACUCAGUACGGCCUGCGCGAAGCAAAGGCGAUAAAAAGGGAGCAGCACCGGGGGCACAGCAGGGCCUUAGGAGGGGCAACGCGCGGCCCGAAAAUCAUGUUCCUCCAGUUUCAGGACGGGCAAAGGAAAUAAACGCUACUUCCUCCAAGGCAAGCUCUCUAACAAUCGACGAUCUUGAGGAUGAAUGGAACCUUGAAGACGACGUGCCCAACGAUGGAAACAACAAUAAGAAGCAACCCGCAUCAGCGGAAGGUGACGGCGCGCUGCACAUCAAAAAUAUCCAAGUCAAAGGUUUUGUCGACGUGCCCGGUGGUCUAAACCUGGAGGAAAUACGUCAUCGCUUCUGGAAUGUAGAGGCACUGUAUGAACAUGAGUUAAGAUUUCGUCCGUGCCUGCCACCGUCUUGGGACAGCUAGUAAAGCGAAAUCGAAUGCCAUGAAGAAACACGACACAAGAACCAGACGUGUGAAAGUGAAAAAGAAAAUCGCGUAUCUAUACACACCAUGAUUGUCCGCGUCCGGCUCCUUCGGCGAUCGAUGGUGUGCCAUAUCAGCAUUUAGUUUCACCAGCAUGAAAAUUAAGAUGUAUCUGUAUGCUAUGUGUAUCAAUCUCCAACUUGGCCACAAAUCAGGGGUGGCACGGCCGAAUUUUUUUUUGUACGUCAUACCCUCUCUUUCGGUGGAGGCGGGGGGAAUCGCAACAAGAAGGCUGCAUCGAAAAAACCGCAAAAUGCUUCAAAUUCGGUAGCUGCUCUCCAGCAACAACAGAAUCAGCAGCCCGGCAGCAACAUUAAACAGCUGCAGGUCUCAAUUUUUCGUAGACGCGGCGGGGUGGGCAGCGAAGCAGGGACGUUUUCGGGAGCCGGAGGAAGCAGCUCUUCAAUCGCAACAAAGAUGCAGCAAGAAACAGACCAUGACCAUGACGAAGAUGACGUGAGGCUCUAUACUGCGGCUAGCAGUGAACACGCAGGCCUGCUAGUUGCCAGCAUUUAUCCAAACGGUACUCUCACGCUCCGCGGCGACUUACGGCCGCGAAACACUGUGCAUCAUUAUGGCGGUUUUGAUGCGAAUAUGGUGAGCGGGGUUCAGAGGCGCACGACGCGUCAGCUGCGACAGAAAACGAUAAACCAGCAAACGAAGCAGGUGCGUCAACGAGCCCGGCGACCCCAGAAGAGCGACUCAUCCGUAUCAUCUACAAAAUUUAUUGGUUUUGUCCCUGAAGACCCGAGAAGAAAAUCGGCUAUGGUUAUGACACAAGUACUACAGCGCUCAAGUUUUUUUGCGUGUGCUUUGGAGCUGCGAUCAGUAGCAGUGUCGCUACACGUCAGUCGCGGCUCCUUUUUCGAUAUUAUAUACUCAUUUUGCAAGAAGUCAUGACGCAGACGAUCACAUACGCUUUAUUUUAUCUUCGGGAUUGAAACCUUGGCUUUGUUCGUGUUGAUACGCUUCUUCAGAAGAUGUGGUGGACCCUGAAGAUGCUGGGGGCACUGAUUCGGACGAUGACGUGAACGAAUCAUCGGAACAUAACCCCGAGCCCUCGAAUGCAGCUGCCCAGAUUGAAUUUGAGUUUGAAGCGCAGGUCAAACAAAUUUGUGGGACAGCGCGAGAGUACCUGAAAAGCAUCGCUUACAUCGUCCAGGCCGAUGAGAGACAUCACCUUUGUUCAUCACACGGGGGCCGACAGCUGCAAGGAAACAAUGCGGGUCGACGCGAGACAGCACACGCCGGAGAAAUGGGUCGCCCUCUGUUUCUGAAAAAUUUUCAGGUAACAAGUCUCUGGGCUUACAUGCGCCUUCCAUAUCCUCUGGAACUUAAAGCCAUUGCGGCCGCGUUUCCCGGAACUUCUUCGAGCUACAUGCCGGAGCUGUCGCCCACUUUAAAGCUGAAUGGUGUGUACAACGUGGCGCGGAUGCGCAUUUUCCACACCGGCCUCGUAGAAUUUUUAUCAUGUGCAAAGCUGUUUUCAUGUCCAUACCCAACUUGCGAAAAAAAAUAGAAUGAACAAAAUGAUAUCUCCUCGUCACCAGCUCGAUAGGUAUGAUCAUUUGGCCCAGCGGGACUAGUUGCUACUCCGGUUUACCGCGGCGGCCCACUGCGGCUCUUUUUAGGAUGCAUUCUGACUUCCAAAUGGCGUUUGCAUUUCUGUCAUACUUUGUUUUGCAUGAAGUUGUGACUUAGGUCCUGUGUUGUAGUGCGUCACCUCCGCUAUGACAUUGUUGGGAGAGGUAGAGGAACCCGCCGCGAGCUUGCUAUGCAGGAGUAAGUGAAAAAAUGGUAGUGAGUUGUAUGUGUAUGAGGACGUCUUUGACUUUGCACGGCAUACUUUUAUUGUGACGACGAUGCCGCUUUGCUCGAGGCUGCGGUGCAAAUUCGUGCACAGUGGAAAAAGUUUCGCCCCUUCCGUUUGACUUCUUGAGAGUGUUGGAAAUUAGUUCCUCCGCACUUUUUGGUUGAGUACGGACUACGUGUACGCCUACGCCGUCAGUACAUAUGAUGACUUACAAACGAAAUAGCAGUCAGUCUUCUUCAACAGAGGAGCAACAUCAAGCUCUCGUUGGGAAAAGUCAAAAA